AUGGAACUACAAGAAAAGUCAUUAGAUAAUAUUGCAAUAGAAAAUUUUAUUCAAUAUCUAAAGUUUCCCACUGUGCAUCCAUGUCCUGAUUAUCGCCCUGCUGUUGAGUGGCUGAUCAAGCAGGGCAAGUCACUUGGACUGUCCAUACACAUUGUUGAAAUUGUAUCCAAUAAUCCUAUUGUUAUUCUAUGCUGGAAAGGCUAUAGGCCUGAUUUAUCAUCAAUUCUGCUAAAUUCGCACAUGGACGUGGUUCCGGUAGACGAGGCUAAAUGGACAAGACCGCCGUUCGGUGCCACUAUUGAUGAUAAUGGUUUUAUUUAUGCUCGAGGAUGUCAGGACAUGAAGUGUGUCGGCAUCCAACAAUUGGAGGCAGUCCGUAGAUUAAAAGCAAGAGGUUAUUUGGUGCCAAAGCGUACUGUAUAUAUUUCCUUUGUUCCUGAUGAAGAACUCGGAGGGAUAAGAGGAAUGGAGCCUUUUGUUUCAGGUUCAAAGCCCAUCAACCAGCCUAAUUUGUAUUCUGAAUACGAAUCUAUUGAGUUUGCAGAUAUGAAUAUAGGGCUAUGCUUAGAUGAGGGAAUAGCAAGUCCGUCAGAUGAUUACCUUGGAUUUUAUGAAGAACGCUCUCCUUGGUGGCUUAAGGUUAGCUUUUCUGGGAAUACUGGCCAUGGAUCCUCCUUUAUUCACAAUACUUCUGCCGAAAAAUUGUUACGCUUUAUCACUAGGUAUGGUUAUUUAUAUUGUUAUAUAUUCUAA